AUGGAACUGCAUGUUGAGGCUGAUUAUAUCUUCAGGAAGAUCGAGCCCACGGUUACGGACCGGGCCACCAUCAGCAGCCUAAUAGCUGUUGCGGCAAAGAAUGCUUGUCGCAUGGGGAUUGACAUGCUCAAGGAACCCACCCCUCUUUGGUGUCUGGAAUCCUUCACAGUUCCUCCUGCCUUCAGUCCCACACUCCUAUCCAAUCUGCUCCCCCUUCAUCAAGAAACCCAAAGGCCUACGAGUGCAAACAUCCCAGAAACCAAGCCCGCGGAGCAGCUCUUCCUGGAUCUCCCCAUCCAAGACGUCCUCAACAACACUGCCGGCAUGCCCGUAGUAGAGCCCUGGGCUCGCAUGUACGUCGACGGCAUCCGUGAUGGAAGAUACGGCGACGCUGUGUGGGCACGCUAUCAUAUUACCGGGGACGGGGACGAGAAUGGGAUUGGUGCAGGGUCAGGUAAUAAGACUGCGCUUGAGGUUAUCAAGGAAGAUGCGUUGGAGUACAGGGAGAAUGGCCCGGAGGAAUAUGCCAAGGCUUUGGCGUUCUAUGCGAAAACCAGCAGUGCUGAUGGGCAUGCGGAUGUGACUGAGAUUAUUAGGAAUCCUGCAUGA